UCAAAAAGAAAAACACUGUAAAUGCAUAAUUUCAUGAAUGACGCAUUAUUCUUUCUUAUGUGGCUGGCAUGCGCCCAAGGAAAGGAUUGCCCAAACAAAUGCGUCGUGGAGUGGUGUCCUACUAGUAGAUAUCCGGACUUCAACAGCUACAUUGACCUUGCGGCAAAAGAUCCAGAUGAACCAGAAUCGUGCGCGAAGGUUUGGUGCCCUGCAGUAAAGUACACAAAGUACAACCGCUGGCUUUGCGGCGCUCCUUCUGAUCCUGAAUUGAUGCCACAAGAAACAGAAGAAGUGGAGCUGCCCAACGAAGAACCAGAAACACCUCAAGUUGAAGAUACUCCAACGACUGAGAAAGAGGACAAGCCAACAGAUAACGAAGAGACAAAGAAAGUAACUCCACGACCUUUCAAACCACCACCGGAGCUGUUUGCAGGUCUCGUCCACAACCCGCCACACGGUGUUGUUGAGUUUGGCACCGAAGCGACGACCAUAGAGAAGGAGCUGCAGCAGCGUGCCCCUCACUACAAUCGUGAUGUCACCAGCGCACCAGCCGAUCUCCUGUCAGCAGGCCCAGGCAGUAACACUGUAGCACUAAGAGAACUUGUGCCAUCAAUCGUAAAGGAGGCGCUUCGAAAGCUGCAGCUACCAGUAGCCACGCCGACAGUUUCAACUCUCGCCGCCGUCAUUCGACAUGAAGUUUGCCAUGCCAUUCUGCAGCCAAGACGUGAGGAACCGCCUACGUGUGCCGACGUACGCUGA